AGAUCAUCUCGACCCACUCACGCUCGACACGGUGCUCACUGCUCAGCACCAGCGACUCUUCAGCGACGCUAGCUACGCUCAACUCUGUCUGGUCCCCAUUCGACGCGACAUAACCAAUCUGGGCAUUCGUACACGACACGGACCACCGGGGAGCGGCAAGGAGACUUGGACCGAUACUUGGCUUAACAGCACACCAUGAGCGGACAGGGUGCCCAAGAUGCCAAGUUCUUCCAGAGGGGAAAGAUACAGGAAUUCCGCGCUGAGCUGCAAGCUGCAGAGAGCAAGGACAAGAAGUUCACGAAGCGGAAGACGGUCCUCAAGAAGAUAGUUGCUAACAUCACAAUGGGCAAUGACAUGUCACCAUUGUUCGGCGACGUGAUCCAAUGCCUAGGCAUACCGUCCCUUGAGAUCAAGAAGAUGGUGUAUCUCUUUCUGGUUUGCUAUGGCAGGUCAAAGGCCGACCAAAUACGUGCUGUGAUGCCUAAUUUCCUGCAGGAUUGUGAAGACCGAAACCCGCUGAUUCGCGCCCUCGCAAUCCGGACAAUGUCAUACAUACCCGCUCCCAUUGUCGUAGAAGAGCUUGAGGAUCCGCUACGGCACGCUCUGAAGGACCGCGACCCAUAUGUCCGUAAGACUGCUGCCAUCUGCGUGGCGAAGUUAUACAACGCCGACCCACGGAAAUGUGAACGUAAUGGCUUCGUGGAACUGUUACGUGACCUCCUUUUGGACACCAACGCUACCGUCGUGGCGAAUGCCGUUGCUGCCUUGACAGAGAUUGGCGACCGACAGGAUGGUGUCAUCUUCAAACUGAAUUUGACAGUUGCGAACAAGCUACUAGCAGCAGUGGGCGAAAGCUCGGAGUGGGGACAAAUCUACAUUCUCGACUCAUUGCUGCGCUACGUCCCCGAGAAGCACGAGGACGCUGAGUUGAUGGCGGAACGGGUUAUCGUCCAGCUACAACACGCGAAUUCUGCCGUCGUUCUCACAACUAUCAAAGUCCUGCUAUAUCUCAUGAAUUACAUGGAAAAUCGCCGCUUGAUGGACUACAUCUGCAAGAAGAUGGGACCGCCAUUAGUGACCCUACUGUCGUCUGGACCGGAAGUACAAUAUGUAGCACUGCGGAACAUACUGCUCAUCAUCCAACGAAGACCACAAGUGCUGAAGAACGACGUCAAGGUGUUUUUCUGCAAGUACAAUGAUCCAAUAUAUGUCAAGUUGGCCAAGCUCGAAAUAAUGUACCGCCUGGCCCGAGAAGAGAACGCACGCGAGGUCCUUGCUGAGCUGCAAGAAUACGCAUCAGAGGUUGACGUUGACUUCGUGCGCAAGGCCGUGCGUUCAAUAGGUCGGCUCGCCAUCAAGGUGCAACCCGCAGCAGACGACUGCAUCAAGGCCCUUCUCGAGCUCAUUGAGACGAAAGUCACAUACGUCGUGCAGGAAGCCGUGAUCGUCAUCAAGGACGUCUUCCGACGGUACCCGGGGCGGUACGAGGGCAUCAUCCCCACGCUCUGCGCGAACCUCGACGCGCUCGACGAGCCGGAGAGCAAAGCGGCCAUGAUCUGGAUCGUCGGGCAGUUCGCCGACCGGAUCGAGAACGCGGACGAGCUCAUGGACGACCUGACGUACACCUUCCUCGAGGAGCCGACCGAGGUCCAGCUCGCGCUCCUCUCCGCGUCCGUCAAGCUUUUCAUAUACAAGUCGCACAGCGACACGACCAAGGCGCUCGUGCACAAGGUGCUCAAGUGGGCGACGGAGGAGGUGGACAACCCCGACCUCCGCGAUAGAGGGUUCAUGUAUUGGAGGUUGCUGGCGCUCAGCCCGGCGGCGGCGAGCGAGGUCGUCCUCGCGGAGAAGCCCGCGAUCACGACGGAUGCAGACCGUAUGGACCGUGGUGCGCUCGACCAACUGCUCCUGCAUACAGGGACGCUUGGUAGCAUAUACCACAAGAACCCUGAGACCUUCAUCCGCGGAGCGACUGGUAAGGCGCUCACCGACAGCCCGGCCCUCAACCCUCUCUCCCGACAAGUCCUCGUCCCCGUCGCGCGCACCCAGCUCCUGCCUCCCGCCAGCAUCCGCGUGCCGGGCCCCGUCGACCCGCGCGUUGUCAACCCCCCAUCCCCCGUACUGCCUCCCCGGCAAAACGGCGCGUCGCUCCCUGCCGACGCCGGCGCCGCCCUCGUGCCGUCGGCCUCGCAGGCGUCCACGGCGUCCACGUCGCCCGCGACGCAGGACCUGCUGGGCGGCGAGGACGACGGCGAGGGAGAGGCGGAGACGGAGGACCAUGACCACGAGGACCUCGCACGCGCGCAGGCGGUCGCGCCCGCGAGCGACCCGUAUGCCGCGCUGGACAAUGCGUUUGGAGGACACAUUGCGGACGCGCCGCAGCACAACGGCGACGCGAAUGAUGACCUGUUGUUCUGACCUGCGGGGUCGGAUGGUGGGUGAUGGGUCAAGACGAGAGAACCGUAAUGAUCGCAGACGUGCUUGUGUAUGUACAUACUCUCUAUGAGUUAGGCUUACUGCUUGUAUUAAUGCUGAGACUGUGUGAUAUGAGGAGUACCUGACUUGAGCUGUCGAGGGUGACGAAGU